AUGCUUUCUCGAACAUCAAUGACUCUGAAAAAUGGAGCAUCGGUUUGUCCAGCGUGUUAUGCAUUGUGGACGAACGACUACAUGGACCUGACCCAUGAUUUCGCUCCAUGGAGCUUGGACUUCAAUCCCACCGUGAAUGCCAAUGAGAGCCGUCAUGAUGACGAGGUCUAUAGCUAUGAUGGCCGGCAUGAUACCAGUAAAGUGGACUCGUUCACGCUUUACGACAGUCAUGCUGCGUCAUGCUUAGCCUCCAAUGGUAUAGCCAUUUUUGAUGAGAGCCUUGGUCAUGAUGGGGAGAGCGAUCUCAACAUGGAGAUUCUCGGUCUCCAGGAGAACAUUUUCGAUCGAGAACUUAUUCUCGCGCCAGGCCAUAUCCCAACUUGCAACACACAAGGAUUUGAACCGGUCAAUAUGGGCCCGCUUGAUACCAGUAUCGACACCGAGGGCAUUACGACAUCAGGGUUCUGUGCUACAUUUCCCUCAACGGGUCCCGAAAAACCUGGAAUAGGUCAAUCUGGCUUUUAUUCCGACAGUACAGCAAUCAAAAUGCCCCAGUUCUUCAAUUGCACCGAUGAGUGCUUUCUCUUUCCGCUUGACAUGAGUACAGCUAUUGAUUCACCAUCCAUGGCAACAUCGGGCAACAUACUCGCCUACGGGGAACUAGAAAGCCUUCAGGCAUUUGGGCAAUUACCUACAAGCCAUCCCUGCCUCGAUGAAAGUGCUUUAGUCCUUACCGAUAUUUUUGAUAUGCGGGGGUAUUACGGCAUGGAGACUGAAGUGCCAGAUGAUCCCCAAGUCGGUAAGCUGAAGCCAAAGUCACGUAACAGGUCUCCUCUUAACAAUUAUUAG